AGCCAAUCGUCGUCAUGGCUCCAUCGCCAUCGUUGUGUUCUGAUGUUGUGCAGUCUUUAAUAACGUGAGAUAUAUUUGAUACAAUGAUUUCUAAGUUGUUCGUAUAGUUUUGGAUCGCGAUAAGUGCUAUUUAAAUCACAAGCAGGAGUGCUUUUCAGCUAUAAAACACGAGGCGACAGCCGAGUGUCUUAUAUGUGAUAAAGCACGGACUGCGAGUGUUUUAAAUGGCUUUAAAAACUACCCAUCUUGCGGGUUUAUUGGCGAAGUAAUUUUAAUGUGGAGAAAAUCAAAGCUAAAGUUUAUGUAAAUGAAGAUGAUUUUUUAUCACAUAUAAAACCACCGACACGGCAGUGAUUUCCUUUGUCUUUUCUUCAUGAAUUAUUAAUGAGUUUUUUUUAUACUGUCUAAACGUUGGUUUCUGGAAACGCCACGUUUGUCUUUCCCGGGCAUAUUGUGCAAUGACCAAAACCGCGGAUCGCUCAAAAAAGCGCGUGUUGUUUUUUUAUUUUCAAAAAUUUCGGAAUGAAUGUUCUUACGCGAUUCACUAUGGGUGCCUUAUUAAAGUUGUUGAGUCAAUAUUUUUGCAGUGCAUCGAUGUGUAUAACACCAUAAAAAACACGUGACUAUAAGAGCCAUCUAUAUAUGUACUAGUGAAUUAUUUCAAUACAUCAAAUUGAGCCAACCUUCCAAACUGUCCAGCGGCAAAACGGGUCACGUGAACAACUCAUGCUUACAUUAUAUGGACGACAAUUAUAAAAGACAGUAAUAUUCUUGGAAAACUCAUUAUUGAUUCAUGAUUAUGAUUAUGAUUAUUGAGCUCACUCCCCAUCGGGGCUUUUCAGUGACCGAUUACAUCAAGUAUUACGAUUACUUAUAUUACCUACUGAGCUUCGACUAUUUAUUUUUACAACGAUUGUGAUAUUACUUUCCUAAACAUGUUUAUCCUAUCCCGCCCUGUGGGAAAAAGCCGCGCUCCCGGAGACAACCCACGAUUUUCGGCAGAGCGUGUGGACUCUUUUCGCAUGCGUUCACACAUGAGUCCAUAGUGAGACUCGAACCCAGGAUCUCAGAGGUAAACGGCGCUUGAUCUGAAGAAAAUUCGAAAUAAAUCAAUGUUUAAUGAGUUAUUGUAUCCACAUAUACAAAAUUAUCCUGAUUUGCAAUUUUGCAUAAACUUUUUCUUCGAUUUUCUCAGUUAAAAUCAUUACAUUACAUUCCAUCAUUAUUCAGCCCACUUCCCAUUGGGCUUUUCAGUGACCGAUUACAUCAAGUAUUACGCUUACUUAUGUCAUUUACUUUGCCUAGACUUUUUAUCUUUACAACAAUUGUGAUUACUUUCUUAACUGUGUUUAUCCUAACCCACCCUGUCAACUUUCCCUGUGGGAGGAAACCGGAGCGCCCGGAGAAAACCCACGACUUCGCCCCCGAAGCCCCCUUAUCACUCCUUUUUGAAAAAUUUCUUAAAACACAGCUGUUGAAACUCUUAUACAUUUCACAAGCUAUAUACAGCAUUCGCGCCAAUGUUGUACCAGACAUACAACGCCUUGCCUUCAGCUCGAGUUUGUAUACAACACGGCCGCUCAUGCUGUGUAUAUAUAUUACAUAUUUUAUGCAUGACAUUAAUUUUUUUCAGAUUAAUUCAGCCUCUUCAUUUUAACUCGGACUUCAGACCGUUUUUUACAAUACAUGACAGCGAGUUCAAAGAAUAUACGACCAAGACGCACGCACCGUAAGUACAAUACAGUAAUACUCUAUAAUUUUAGAAAAUAUAAAAAAGUCAAAUUCCCAAUAAUAAUGCCAACUUGAAGUUCAAGAUUUGAAUGGACAACUUGCAUGUUAGACUAAAUUUUAAUCUAAGUAAAGAGAAGGGAAUCAAACCACACAGCUAAAAAGAACAUAAUGAAAUUAGUAAUUAAAAUGCAAAAUUUGGUUGCGAAAUUUUGUAUAUGUUUGUAUUACGUGUGGAAAUUGUUACCAUUUUCGGCUCAAAAAUGGUAACAGUUUCCGCACGUAAUACAAACAUAUACAAGAUAUGCAACCUUCGCAACGCUAUAUUUUCCGUAUUUUACAACAUUUUGUAACCAAAGUUUGCAAUUUUACUAUUUCACGGGAUUUUACUUUUUUUUGCCUAGAUCAAAAAUUAGUCUUACUUUCAACUUGUGUAUUAAUACAAGACGAACGUUCAAAAUUCAAGAUUUGAAUUAAGAUUACCUACAAAAGUUCCGAAAAGUCUGCUUUUGCAAGGAAUGUUUUCAACAAACGUUGUUCGUUCAUGUUUUUUUCUGGAUUAUGUAAAGUGCGUUUUGCCAUAAAAUAUUACAGCCUGUCAACCAGAUGUGUUCUCAUUGCAUGUUCCCUUCAGUUGUUGACAAGUCUGGAACAAGUUGUUAUUAUCUUGUAACAAAGUUGAUGAGGCCAACACACUCGCAACAAGUUGUUCCAACAAGUCUGAUAUCGUCUGCACGUAAGAAGUUGAUGACAACAAGCUGGUAGCAACUUGUUACGAACAGUCUGUAUUAGUCUUGUUGGAACAGUUUGUAAGAAGUCUGCUAUCGUCAUCAACUUUGUAACAAGGUGGUAACAACUUGUUCCAGUCUUUUCACAAAUCUCACAUCUUGUAGCAAGUCUGCCAACAAGCUCCGUCAACAAAUUGUGUUCGCAUUGAUUGUCCAAGUUGUCAACAAGUUUGGAACUAGCUAGUAACAACUUGCAACGAUCUUGUUGAUAUUAUCAGACUUGUUGCAAGGUUGUUCCAACAAGUCCGAUACAGUCAUGAUAUAACAAUAUUGUUACGACCUUGUGUUGUCAACCUUGUAACAAUCUUGUUAUAUCAUGACUGUAUCAAACUUGCUUGAACAACCUUGUCACAAGUCUGAUAAUGCCAUCAAGCUUGUUGCAACUUGUUAACAUGUUGUUCCAAACCUGUUACAAUAACUGGGAACAAGCAGUGCGAACACAACUUUCCGACAGCUUGUGAACAGUUUUGUAACAAGUUGUUUGCAGACCUGUAACAACUUGUGUGUUUUUAGUUGUAUAGUACGAACACAUCCUGAUAUUAUUAUUAUUAUUUAAUUAAUCUUCUUUAAAAACAACGGUAGCCCUUCAGCAUAGAUAAGAGCUGUUUUCCAAGGGGCCGUUUCACAAUACAUAUUUACAAAAAAAGUUGGGUUAAUAAUUAAAAUUAGUAUAUAGUUACAAAUUACACAUUACACAUUACACAUUACACAUUACACAUUACACAUUACAUAUUACACAGUGCACCACAUAAUACGAUAAGACUUAAGUAUUUUGUUGAGGUCUGUCCCGAAACAAGGUUUUAAAUGCGUUUAAUGACAAGCAAUUGCUUUUCAGUUCUACUGCAUGGUAAUUCAUUCCAAAUUUUUACACCUGAAUAGCUGAUGCUUUUUUUAAAACGUUUGUUUUGGGCUUUUCUAAUUUAUAAUCGACAUUAUUUCAUAAAUUUUAAUUGUCAUUAUUUUUAACGACAAACAAGCUAGAUAUAUUUUCUAAGUAUUCACCAUUCGCAACUUUAUGCAUAAAUAUCGCCUUAUUAUUACCCCAUCUUUCCAUCAAUGGCUGCCAUCUUAAUUCUUGACUUAACAGCAACGUUGUUCUUCUCUUGCAGUCCACCUAUCAUAAUUGGAGUGACCAAUCCAUUUUUCGCCAAAACCUUGCAACAUUGGCCACAUAUCCUAAGAAUUGGACCUAUGAAUAAUUUAGGUGAGUUUUUUUUUAAUUUCACGAGGUAAUAAAAAUACAAAAUUGAUGUGAAAGAAGUAUAAAAUUAUGAAAACAGCAGGAAAGUACAUAAUCUCGCCUGUUGUGCGCAUGUUAAUCCAGUGAUGCACACGGAGGUCAUGUAGGAUGAGGGGCAAAUACCCCGCCCACCAGUAAUUUCUGAAAGACUGUGAAUGAUAUAUCUGGCUGAAUAACUGUGUAACAAAGUGUAACUAUAAUUUUUUAACCAUGCAUGAAAGCUAUAAUAGUGCAUGGAAUAAUUUAAUUUGGAGCAGAAAGAGUUUAAUAAAUCUAUAUAAAUUUCCACUCGAUAAUUUCCAUCUACAGUACAAGACCCUUCAACUAUUAUUCAAUCGAGUGAGAUGCCAACAAAAUCUUGAUAUUUUUUUCUGUGUUGGUAUAAUGUACUCACAUGAAUAUGAUGCUAGUGAUGUUACUCUGAGUAUAUAUCCACACCGGGCAGGCUUGAAAAAUAUGCCUGGCCACGGUGGGAAUCGAACCUACGACCUUUGGAAUACUAGCCCAAUGCUCUGCCAACUGAGCUACGUGUUCAGGUCGGUUCGAGUAUGUGAUAUUUCGGAACUGAGUUUGGCCCCUUUGAUAUCAAUGUAAUCUAGUAAUAUGGGUUUUUUUCUCUGUUGUGCUAGUACUCCAAAGGUCGUAGGUUCGAUUCCCACCGUCAGGCAUAUGCCCGGCAUAUUUUUCAAGGCAUAUGGCCAGGCAUAUUUUUCAGUCAAGCCUGCCCGGUGUGGCUCACGAAUUGACAGUGAAAACAUUGAUCAGGAUGAUGUUUUUUACACUAUAAAGAUAUUUCUUACACAACAUCAUUUUAUAACUGUUUUUGUUGCAGUUAUUGGAAGCAGACCGUCACCUCUGGGAAAUGAAAAGAAAUCAUUCGAGGCAAAACCAGGUUUGAUUUAUAUGGAUUUGAUAUAUAUAUAUAUAUAUAUAUAUAUAUAUAUAUAUAUAUAUAUAUAUAUAUAUAUAUAUAUAUAUAUAUAUAUAUAUAUAUAUAUAUAUAUAUAUAUAUAUAUAUAUAUAUAUAUAUAUAUGUACUAUUUAAAAAACGAGCAGGAGUGUUUUAUUAGAUUUAAAGCCACGAGCGCGCAGCGCGAAUGGCUUUAGACCUAAUAAAACACGACCCGCGAGUUUUUAAAUGACUUCAAAAACGUAUGCAUACGUAUGCAUCUUCAUAUAUAUAUAUAUAUAUAUGAAAGGGUUUCAGGCAUCAUGUCUCUUGUCUGGGAUAUAUUAUGUGAAGGUUCAUUGUGGAUGGAAUUUCAUUAUAACAACAUUUUAUGUCUGUUGAAAUUCCAUCCACAAGGAACCUUCAUUCAUAUAUAUAUAUAUAUAUAUAUAUAUAUAUAUAUAUAUAUAUAUAUAUAUAUAUAUAUAUAUAUAUAUAUAUAUAUAUAUAUAUAUAUAUAUAUAUAUAUAUAUAUAUAUAUAUAUAUAUAUAUAUAUAUAUAUAUAUGGAUUUUAUUAAGCCAUUACGAUUCGGCGAAAUAUUACUCGAAGUGAUAUAUUAUACCGAAAAUUAAAAGCUUCCAAGUUGAGAAUAUAGAACUUGGCACAUACCUUCGUGAAUACGAUGUUUUAUUUUUUAUUUACGCAAGUAUUUGUCACUUUUAUUUCGAAUCGCAUAUCGUUUGGAAUAUUGAUAAUAACAUUUUUCAAAAUUUGCUUGAUAAUUCAAAAAUAGCUUUCUUUGAAGUUUGUAAACUUAAUCAUCCUUAGACUAUUAUACUUUGUCAGCCAUCUUGCCUGCGUGAUCGCCGCGCGUGGUUUACGCGAAUCAAAUCACCCGGAUAACAUGACUGAAAUCAUCCGCUACGUGAAAUACGAUGACGUAUGAAGACGUGAUUCGAUGAUAAAUUUAUGCUUACGUGGCACAAACUUAGCUUUCUGAUUGAACACUUUGAAUUUGAGGAUUAAUAUUCCCCGAGCCAUCUUUUUUUGAAGAAAUGAGAAGAAUUGAAAUCUAUGGGAAAUCGUGAAAUAUAGGGCUUUGAAUGUUUGCUUAGGAAACUUUGCUUGGAAUGUUUAGUGUUUAUGAAUUUUGUUGCUUUCAUUUCUUGCGUGAAACAUGCACUGCUUUCCUUUUCAAUGAAGCUGUAAGUUUCCUAAAUUGCCCUGUUUAAUUUAAGAAAAAAAAAGUAAGAUGUAAACGAGAGCAAAUUAAUUUGAAGACCUACCUGAAAUUACUAAACAAUUUGAACUUAUUUUGGUUUAUUCAGUAAAAAUAGUUUAUCGUCAAAAGCAGUUUAGUUAUUUAGGUUUAAUUUUACAUUCAAUCAAUCAAAGCUCACAAAAUUGAAAAUAAUAUACCUAUACAGUACAUAUUUUGGAAAUUCAUUGUUAUAUAGUUAAAAGUAAUAAUCUUUCAACUAUUUUUGACGUGCUGUACAAAAAAUAUAAAUAAAAAAAAUUAAAAUUAUCGUGUUGACAUGGCAACACUGACGUAGACGCGAGCCUGCUUUCAGUGUUGAUCAAUUACAAUACUAUCAUGUUAAAUCAACGUUGGGAAAAUAUAGGGUAGGGGUUGCUGCAUUGCAUGUAUUUCUUGUUUAGCAUGUACUGUGGAGGUGGAUAGAGCUUUUCACGCAAGUUGAUUUUUGCUCUGCUCCGGGUAUCCUUGUACUAUUCACCUCUGCACAAAAACAAGAUGGCUUCCCGUUUUAUCCCGGUUACAGACGAUCCAAUUUUUAUAUUAAAAGAAGCAUGCGGUCUUGCCAAACACGGAAAACCCCACAAAGUUUUGUUAACAGUCUGUACUGUAGACUGAGGUAUUCUUUGAAGCUAUUUCUAAUGAAUAAAAUAACUAAAAGCGUGUAAAUGCUGUUUUGUUUACAUUCAACUAUUACGGGAGCAGAAAUACAAAUCGUUUUUAAAAUAUUUUCGUUGUUUUUUGGUAAUAUUUGUUUCGUUGUGGUAUAUGCUGAAUAUUACGUUUGUUUUAGGAAAUCAGCGUGGCGAUAUGUUGUGCAUGCAGAAAGCUCGGUUUCGGGCUCAGGAAAUAAAUAUAUCACUCGUAUACCACUUGUAACUUAUUUGAAAUGUAUGUACCUAUAGUUGUCAUUUUACUUAUUGUGCAUAUUUUCUUUCUUCAGGCAUAUAUACCCGAUAUAAGCCAUUUCUGCAGAAAGACAAACCAUUUAUCAAGACAAUAAAGAAAGUAAGUGUUUGUUUGGUCGUUUACAUACACACGAGUUUUUACACGUCUAUUUAGAGACGUUUUUCCAAAACAAAUACACUUGUUUAAAAGCUGGCAUACCUGCACUUGCCUUAAACCUUGCCACAUGCUGUAAAUAGGAGAAUACCGUAGGUCGUCUGUAUAGAAAUAUUUAGUGUAGUGUUUGCAUGGUUUAAGUUACUGCAUGACAGCCACCUGGCUAAAUGACUGAUGAUUUUUUUACUCUUCGUGUUUAAAGGGAGGACAGAAGAAACGACCCACAGAAGUUCAGGUUUGCGCAAUUAAAUUUUUGCCAAUGCCAAGUAAGAAACAUAAUGUACGUACAUAAUUAGCAUACGUACAUAUAGGUAUACAUUGGACAAUAAGGUGAAAUUUUGAAGUUUAUAUCAAUUCCAUAGAAGACAAAAUUUUAAAAAUAAUACAUUUAAUCAAUUCGUAACUACUGUGUUGUAUUGUACUCUGCUGCACUAUGCUGUCCUGCACUGUACCGCACUAUACUGUCCUGCUUGUCUUGCACUGUACCGCACUGUACUGUCCCGCUCUGUAGUCUGUACUGUCCUGCACUGUACCGCACUGUACUGUAACGCGCUAUACUGUUCUGUACUGUACUGUACUGUACUGUACUGUACUGUACUGUACUGUACUGUACCGCAUUGUACUCUACUACUGUAAUCUCCUACACUGUACCGUACUGCAUUGUACUCUACUACUGUAAUCUCCUACACUGUACCGUACUGCAUUGUACUGUACUGUAUAUAAUAUUUGAAAUCCUACUAUGAGGACUGGACUAGUUUCAAGUCCACACAAUUUCAUCAAAAUGCGAGGACUUGAAAUGUAAUCCAGUCCGAAUUGGAGGAUUUGAAAUGACAUCUCAUACGAAUAAAUCACUACCUACAGUGCAGUGAAUUAAUUUUGAUCCAGUCCAAGGACUGAAUUGAUUUUCACCCAGUCCUAGGACUGGAUCAAUUACUUCACCAGGUAUCCAGUAUUAUCAUGUCAACAAAAUAAAGCAAUAUGAUUGGCUAAUGAGUUUGAGAUUGCACUGCACUGCACUGCACUCUUCUCUACUGCAUUAUACUGUACCGUAUUAUAUUGUACUAGUGUACUGUGUACUGUGAUGUACUGGUAUUUUCUCGAUUCUAGAAUGCUAUUUUAAGAAAACAUAUGAGGGAGCUCACACAAAGUUUUAUGAUUCCUCUUGUAAGUAUACUUCAUCAGAAAUUGUGCCAAGGAUUGUUGAGUUUCAUUGUUUAAGGAAGAACUCUAUCUUACAGGAAAGAUAUGCUGCAAGUUUAAUGCCGCUGCAGAGGAGUAUUUCACCAUGGAAGGUCAGAUAUGUAAAGCUUAUAUACGCAGCUGUAAAAACCCAUUACAAACUGCACACCUUCGCCACCGUUUAUGUUCUGUAUCAUAUAUAAAUUAUACAAUGGGCUAUAUAUUCAUUCCAGGGUUUAGAAUAAAUAUUUUGAAUUUAAUUAUAUUUGUAGGCUGUUUGGUACAUGUACCUUUUUUCAGAAAACGGUAUCAAUUUCCCCCGUGUAAUACAAAAUGACUGAAAAACGGCAAACUUCGCAGGGCUAUAGUAUCCGCAUUUUACAACAUUUCGCAACGAAACUUCGGAAUAUUACUAAUUUUGUGAUGCUCUUUCAAGCUGUGGUAAAAUGUUUGUCUAGACGUGUCUUGAUCGAAUUUAAAAAGACCGCCAGACUUUAAUACCAAGGACACAGAUGGAAUUGCAAUUUUCCAGUAAAAUUACAAAUUCGUAGCAAAAAUAGAUUAAUAUAAAUUAUGCGUGACUCUUCAUGCUGGGCACUGAUUUCCAUGCGACUCCCGCCGUUCCCAUCGCUAACAAAAAUUAUUUUAUGUCAAGACAGAAUCGUUUUGAUUAAAAAUCUUUAAAUUUAUCGUAAACAUUAAUGGAUUACGUAGAGAAACUCUGCAUUUCUAAUAAAUUAUAAAGUCACCAGUCCUAUAGUAUAGAGUAACUCUAUCUCCAUAUAACCGUCCCUCCAAACGAUCCCAGAAUGCACUGUGAUAUCUUUUGGGAAAAGGCUAAUGUUAUUAUUCUAUCUUAACAAAGCUUCCUCCAAAACUGAAGUGUUUCGACGCUGAGGAAUUUUUGAAGACAGUUGAACAUUCUGGUCCACAACUUACAAGUGUUCUGAAGGGGAACUGGAAAGGCUUGUACAGGUAGGAAGACCGUGGCCAAAUUUUGAGAGGUGGUGCAUGUGAUAGCCUUCCCUGAAUUUUUAUACAGUUACCCUUGAAAAAAGUCAAGUGAUGAUCGAAUCAGAGUAAAAAUAUGACUCAAACUCAACAGUUAACUUUCAUUUUUUGUUUUUCUUUAACUUUAGGAGUUUUUUCAAAUCGGCAAACUUCGAGGGAUGGUUUCGAAACAGACAAUAUGAAAUACAACAGAAACUACAACUUCUUCACUUGGAAGCGCUUUCUGUUGCGGUAUGUAUAUAUGAUGGAUUUUUGUCAUUUGGUUUUGAGACGAUUUUUUGUGGUGGUGAUUUGAGUUGAAAAAUAUAGUCGAAACGGUUAACCAAAUCACCGAAAUCACCGACUCGGUGACUUAUAUACAUUAUGAACAUGCAUAGUGCUUUAUCUAAAUUAUUUUAAUUAAGACUGAGGAGAAUCUGUUGUAUGUUACGUAACACGCGCUCAAAACUAAUGAAUAUACUUUUCCACUUGGUUAUGACUAUAUUGAUAGGCAAUUCCAGCUUUUAGUUUAUGCCUGCAGGGGAUGAUGGGAUGUAAGGUAUCAUAUUGCUGAUUAUGCUGAAAAAAUUCAAUAAAAACUACCGAAACAACCGAAAUAUUUCAAUAUUUACAAGUAUAAGCUAUCACUCCGUGUUUACAUGGCCACCAUUUUUAUUUUCUCAGCAUAGUCAGCAAUGUGAUAUCUUACUUCCCAUCCUGCCCUGCACGCAUAAACUAAAAGCUGGAAUUGCCUAUUGUUUAAAUUUUUUAUACGUUUCUGAAGCGGUAAACAAACUUAAAAAGUAUGCUUGAGCUUUAUCUGAAAAGUUAUGCUAAAAUGAAGAGAUUUUAGAAGGUAUACGCCAAAGAGAAAAUGCCGUCUGAAGUUCAGUAAGUUUUGCAGAUAUUGCUGUAUAGGGCAUCAAUUUUACAGCAUCAUUGAUAAUGUAUUCUAGUUGACUAUAUUUAACUAUUAUUUUGCGUUUCUCAACCGCCAGAUGUAUUUAAAAUGGUAAAACUACGAAAUAAAGCUAAACAAAGUAAUUUUGACGCCACAUCGAAAAAUUGCCUCUUAAAGAAACGUUGUAGAUGUGAAAUUUCGAAUCAGAAUUUUAUUCAUUUAUUUGAUCUAAUCAGGCAGCCUAGACCUAGGACUUUAUAUAUACUCGGCUGGCUUUCGCAGGUUUGGUCAAUUUCGUGCUAGCAUUUGGUAAUUAUCGCCAUGGUAUUUGCCUCCUAAAGGCCUAGUCGAUUUCACAAGUUCUCAAAUUAGCCCCAUAACUUCGUUAUCAGAAACCAACAACUAAAGCAAUUUUUACCAUUAGUUAUUACAUUGACUGUAAAGACAUUUUAUGAUUAAACUGAUAAUUAGUUUAUAAAUGUCGCGUUAAAUUAUAUUUUAAUAUGUUUAAAAACAUCUUUAAAGUUCCAACAAUUUUGUGCACUGAUUUAUACUCGAAAUAAUGAUUUUAUUCGCAAGACAAUCUACUGUUUUGCUUUGAAUAACUAUAUUUGCGAAUCGGGUAUGAGGAUUUUGACAUUUAUUGUUCAAAUAUUGUGGAUAUAGGCCUACCAUGUGUAAACAAUGUACGUUUACAAUGUAUCCGUUAAUAUUUGUCUAUGUGUUUCUAUAUUUUACAAACACAGGGCUGCUUCUUACCAAAAUUGAGAGACUAUAUAUAUUUAAUGUAGUUGAAAAUACUCACAAACAACAUAUUAAGUGUUGCUUCAAACUUUAUGAUAAAAAAAUUCUAGACGUGUAUACAAAAAAGUAGUGAGUUUAUAGGCCUACUAUAGAUGAGUUGAUUUUACCUGUAUCGGUUUAAAUUCGCCGUUAAGUUGCAAAUAAUUCAGUUGAGAACGCAAGAAUUGGGCAUAUCCAAGUGUUGCAAAUUCGGGGCAGUUUUUGCCAUUCGGAUUGGGAAAUCUGCUAGGCCUGCUAUUUGUUUCGCUUUCGCCCUUCCUCCGCCCCGCCCCAAAUCGCCUAGGUCCCAGCCUUCUCAUGUGAAAAAGCGUUGAAUAUUAAAAAAAUAACAAUAAAAUGGAAGGCCUAGGUCUAGGCUGCUAACCAGGGUCAAAAUUAUGUGAAAACAUUCCACCCUCUGGGCGUCGUGUUUCCACACAAUUUCUCGUUUUCCCAAUUUCCACUCGUGUUGAUAUAACAGCAUAUCAACACGGGAAAUGUUUUAUAUUUGUUAAAUAUCAACUAAUAUAUUUUUGCACCUUCUUUUAGGAUAUGACUUUAUGGACAUCUGCUAAAAACGAAGUUGAAAUUGUGGAUUUUAUUCUUAAAACAAGAGAAAAAAUGGUUUGUGUCUGUUAAUAACGCAAAAAUCUCACAUCUGGUAGCAAGUCUGCCAACAAGCUGUCAACAAGUUGUGUUCGCACUGCUUGUCCCAAGUUGUCAACAAGUAUGGAACAAAUUGUAACAACCUUGUUGAUAUUAUUAGGCUUGUUGCAAGGUGUUCCAACAAGUCCGAUAUAGUCAUGAUAUGACAAUAUAGUUACAGCUUUGUGUCGUCAACCAUGUAACAUUCUUGUUAUGUCAUGACUGUAUCAGACUUGUUAGAACAACCUUUUAACAAGUCUGCUAAUGUCAACAAACGUGUUACAAGUUAUUAGCAGCUUAUUCCAAACUUGUGACAACAACUGGGAACAAGCAGUGCGAACACAACUUGUCGACAGCUUGUGAACAGAUUUGUGACAACUUGUUUGCAGACCUGUAACAACUUGUGCGUUUUUAAUUGUGUAGAUCUGACUGUUUUGAAUUUCUCGCGCUCCGAUUGGUAGGAAUUGACCGUUUUUCACGACCAAACUACACACAUAAAAACGCACAAGUUGUAACAAACCUGCAGCAGACUUGUAGCAAUGCUGUUCCAGCAAUUUGUCAACAGGAUGUGUUCGCACUGCUUGCUAGCAGCUUAUUGACAAACUUGCUACAAGGUUGUAGAGCUCAACAGACUUGUUACAAGUUGCCCCAACAAACUUCUUAUCGUUCUGCAAUUCAACAAUUUGUGAGUGACAACCUUGUAGCAACUUGAUGAAAUAACAGCGUUGUUACAACUUGUUGACAAGCUUGCUACAAACUUGUUGCGAACACAUCUUGUUGACAAGUUGUCAACGGCUUGGUGAUAACUUGCUACAAUUUUUUUUGAGCUCAACAGAAUUGUUACAAGUUGCCCCAACAACUUGUUAUCGUUCUCCAAUUCAACAAUUUCUCAACAAGUUGUGAGUGACAACCUUCAUGAAAAUAACAACAUUGUUACAACUUGGUACAAACCUGCUGCAAAAAUUCUCAUGAAACCAUAGCUUGUCAAGAGAGGAUAGACAUGCGAAUAUCAGAGACACAAAAUAGAAGCCCUUUGUUUGAUGUUGAAAUGUACCUCACCGUGCACAAAUUUCAAUUUCAUUAAAUAUUAUGAUCGUGGUUGCACGUUUCACCUCGGCUAUCGUUAUUGGAUAAUUACUUCAUUACGUAAAACUACAAUAAGCUCAAUCAAGGUGACUGUAUACAAAUUAACAUAAACCCCCAAUCAAAAACAUAACACAAUGACUCCUGUUCAGUUUCCAGAACAUCAUUUCUUGAAAGACUAAGUGGAAACACUAAUUCCAAAAAGAAUCCGAAUGGAUUUUCUCCCACGCGUGUGUUUUCAUGCCAAUUUACGUUACCCAACUCUUGCGUAAAACUAUCACAUGCAACCUUGCUUAAAACUUGAGUUGUACUGUGUAAAUCAAGCACAACAACUCAUCUACACGCAUAAAAAUGCACAAGUUGUUACAACUCUGUUCACGAGCUGUCAACAAGUUGUGUUCGCACUGCUUGUUCGCAGUUUACAAGUUUGAAACAAGCUGUUAACAACUUGUAACAAGCUUGAUGGCAUUAUCAGACUUGUUACAAGGUUGUUCUGACAAGUCUGAUACAGUCAUGAUAUAACAAGAAUGUUACAAGGUUGACGGCACAAGGUUGAUGACACAAGUUUGACGACACAAGGUUGUAACAAUAUUGUUAUAUCAUGACUGUAUCGGGCUUGUUGGAACACCCUUGCAACAAUCUGAUAAUAUCAACAAGGAAAUUAUCGAGUGGAAAUUUAUAUACAUUUAUGUAGAACAUUGCACCUGAUCGCAGGGACCAGGGAAAGUUACAUUUUUCGCAGUUGUUCCUGGUCAGGUUUAAUAAAUGUAUAUAAAUUUCCACUCGAUAAUUUCCAUCUACAAGACCCUUCAAGCUUUAUUGAAUUGAGUGAGAUGCCAACAAAAUCUCGAUAUUUAACCAUUUACAAAUCUAUUGCUAUUGAAUCCAACUAGUCUAGCAAUCUAAGCAACUUUUUUGACGCUUCAUUUUUGCGUUGUAGAGUAGUGCAAAGCUAUUUGAAACACAAAUUACUGACGACGUCUGGAAGAAAUUGACUUUGCAGAUGGAAAAUGUCUUGGAAACGUUACCAGAAGAUCUUCAACUCAUUCUUCGCCAGAACUGAGUGUUGGAAACUUAGAGCAAGUGGUAAGGUGAAAAUCCCAGCCUGGAAAAGUCUUCCUGUGGAAAGGUUCUGCUCAGCGAGCUUUUGAUUUCGAAUUGAAGAAGAACAAUCGAUUUUGCAAAUUUUCUUUAUGAAGAUUUCAAGGAAACUUAAAGUUGGAAAAAUGGAAACACCGACAAAAUUUAAUGCACAAGUAUUUUUGCAAGAAUUUCAGCCACAUUCUAGUAUUCUACGUUUUACACGUUUUUUAUUUGAAAAGUAGAGUAAGAAACAAGAACAAAGCAAGAUUCAGAACAUGCAUCCUGGGAAUGGCGUGCGAUCGGUCUCCGUUAAGCUGCAAUGCAAAAUAUAUUUAUAAUAACCCUACACUGUAUAAUACCUAUUUCAAAAGAAAUUAUGAAGAAUAAAUGACCAAAAGUCCGAGACAAUGGUCUAAGUUGAGAA